UUUGAAAUAGUAUUUGUAUCAAGUAUUGAACAUUCGUAAAAUGGGAUUUAUAAAUUUGAUCAAUCUGUCGCUUGCCUCUGUACUCGCAUUCGGCAUUGCUUGUGGAUCUCCUAUUAAUGUCCAAAAAUCUACCCAGCGUCUUAUUUCUACUUCAGAAGGCCAUUCUGAAUGGAUGACACGAGAGCAGAUUGGUAAACUGUAUUUAGACCAUACUCAUUUCAAGGACGUCACUGAUGGAGGUGUUAGUUAUUUGAAGGGCAGUUCUCUUUUGGCUGCGGCUCCAAAAGUUUUCCCUAAAGAAACGGUUGAACAAGAAAAGGUCAAACCAAUGAUUGAUGCCAUCUCGCAGAGCUCAAUGAAGGAAUUCCUGACCAAAUUCAGCUCAUUCCACACACGGUAUUACGAGUCCGAAUCGGGUGCCGAGUCAUCCAAAUGGCUAUUAGGACAAGUCGAAGCCAUUGCCAACAGUAGCAAACGCGACAAUAUAUUGACUACUGUCAAGGCAUUUGAACAUUCUUGGGGUCAAUCCUCUGUGAUUGCUAGGAUAGAGGCUGCUGGCGCAAAUAGCACUGACAAAGAUAUCCUGGUCUUUUCUGCCCAUCAAGAUUCAAUCAAUGUCAGGGAUCCUUUAGAAGGUCGCAGUCCUGGUGCUGACGAUGAUGGAUCUGGCAGUGCUAGUAUACUUGAAGCAUAUACUCGCCUUCUCAAGUCCGAUUUUGUUCCUAAUCGUCCAAUCGAAUUCCACUGGUACAGUGGUGAAGAAGCUGGUCUGCUUGGUUCACAAGAAAUAGUUGCCGAUUACAUGAAGCGCCAAGUAGAUGUCUACGCCAACUUCAAUGUUGAUAUGACUGGUUUCACUGCAGAGGGAGAUACCCCCGUUAUUGCCAUCACUACUGAUUUUGUUAGUACCGAUCUCAAUGUUUUCCUCCGAAAGACUAUCGAGACAUACGCUUCCAUUAAGUGGGUCGAUACCAAGUGCGGUUAUUCUUGCUCUGAUCACGCUGCGUGGAAUGAUGCUGGUAUUCCAGCAGUUUUCCCCUUUGAAGCUCCUAUGGGAAGGCAUAACAGAGAUAUUCAUUCAGACCGUGAUACCGUUGACAAGGUUGAUUUUGGCCAUACUGCAGAGUUUACAAAGGUUGUACUUGGAUUCGCUGUUGAGAUGUCUUUAGCAAAGGUUUAGGAUAAAUGAUUAGACCUGUCAAAUGAAUUGAGCUUGUAUUUG